UGCAGGUUUGCUGGUCGCAGUCGUGUUCGACGUUUCUCUCCGUGCUGACUAAUCACUUUGGAAUUCCUAACCUCUUUCGCUAUCAAAGCUUAUGGCUCGUUUGACCAAAGUGCUACCGAAAAGCCGUUUCUUGGCUGCACUGAGCUUCGUCUAUCUUUUUGCCUUCUCCUCCAUCUACAUUCAACUCCCAGGAUUGUACGGUGACAAUGGUAUAUAUCCAGCUCGUUUAACUAAUCAUGCUCCCCUAGCUAAUUUAUCGGACUUUUACGGCGACCCAGAUCUUCUAAGGCUGAGUCCAUUUCUGAAACUGGACACUUUUCAAAUGCUAGAAUUGUGUGUUCUCAUUGGAAUCGUAUUCUCUUUCUUGGCCGCAUUUUGCGAAAGUUUUAGAACCCUUCCUGUCUAUCUCUUCCUUUGGUUGGCGUAUUUUUCCAUUUUGAAGGUUGGUCAGACAUUUUUAUGGUUUCAAUGGGACCUACUUUUAGUUGAAGCCGGGUUCCUUGCACUGCUACUUGCCAAAGUAGCUCCCGGAUUUUCGUUCUCUUUCACCUCGGGUGAUCGUAUUUCCAUUUGGCUUUUGCGCUGGUUGCUCUUCCGUCUGAUGUUCUCCGCUGGCGUUGUCAAACUAAGGAGCAAUUGCCCUGCUUGGUGGAGUCUACAGGCUUUACACUGGCAUUACCAGUCCCAGUGUAUCCCAACUCCUUUGGCUUGGUACUUUCAUCAUCUCCCUGGAUGGUUCCACAGCCUCUCAGUCGCGUCCACCUUUAUCAUUGAAAUCCUCGUACCACUUCUCUUCUUUGUCCCUUUAAAGCCAGUCCGAUUGUUUUGCUUCUACUCUCAGGUGCUUCUUCAAGUGUUUAUUAUCCUGACGGGAAAUUACAAUUUCUUCAACCUUCUUACUAUCGCGCUGUGCUACUCUCUUCUCACUGAUGAUGACUUUCAUUCAAAUGGAUAUCAGCAGUUCGUCGACUACGGCCCGUUGCCAAUUCAUGCCCCUUGCACCGGUGCUGAUUACCACACCGCACGUGUUCUUUGUCUGUACUCUAUCAAGUCUAUCCUAGGUCUAAGCUGGUGUGAUGAUUGGCUAUCGGCUGGCGAUCUUUGUUAUCCUCAGACACCACCCAGUUUUACGGACUCACCUUGUCUACUGCCGCAUUCUAAUGUCCCUUGCUUACCGAUACUUCGAGAAUGA